AUGAUAACCAAGCUCCAACUGCAUUAUCAAAACCAGUUGAAGUUCUGCGCGUCUGUGUUAUUCAAGAUGUUCCGUUUGGUGUCGCCGUUCUCGUGGUUGGACUCGCUGGCGGAUGAAGAAGAGUUUAUGGGAGGGUUCGAUGAGCGCUAUCCAUCGACGCGUAUUUUGAUUCUUCCUAACAGACAGUCUCUUCAGCGUGAGAACAGCCCGAAUACUGAAGAGGAAGAAGAAGAAAUGGAAAUGGAAAUAGAGGAGUCACCUGUAGCUGAGGAAAAGGAGUCGAUGAUCAGUGACUUUUUUGACGACCUUCCUGUCGGUGCAAAACUUAUGGACACCCGGAUGCCCCCGAACCUCUCGCCGCCCGAAUCGAAGACCAAGGACGACUACUCGUUCUUUACGUACUCGUACAGCACGUGUCUGACCGCCGACGACAAUGGUCGCCGCGUAGACAGCACACGCCGCCGCUACGAGGACUCGGCGGGACGACUGAAAGCUCAGCACAAGCGUCGGAUCGGUACACGCGCACUGGAGUCGACUUGGAAGCGUGCAUCGGAAAAGGAUGAUGGCACUCACGAGCACAAGGUGUCGUCGGGCUCGGUUGAGGACUUCGAGAAGGCCUGGAAGAGCACACCAUUCGGUGGUGCCGAAGAGCACGCCAAGGCUCAAGGUGUGACAAAGCAAAGCGUGCUGCCCGACCACCCCGAGGCUCAAGAGCUGCCGUAA